AUGUGUGGACGAUACGCCCUGGGAGUGCGCAUGGCCUAUAUCCGGCGCCAUCUGCAGGAGCAAGGCAUGGAGGUGGAUGAGGUACCCGAUGAGGACGCAGUAAGAGAAACGUACAACUUUGCACCGGGGUAUAACGGCGCUGUCUACCGCGCCGACGUGUCGGACCGUGGUCUCGUCGACGACACGGAGGAACACGACUCAGCAGAACACUCGGAAGAGACGCCAGCAGACUUUCGAGAUGAGAAACAGAUGACGCAUGAUAAGAAGUUGAGGUAUAAGAUCCAGAGUAUGAGAUGGGGUCUCAUCCCGUUUUGGAUGAAGCGGCAGCCCGACUAUGGCUCCCUCAUGCGAACGAUAAACUGUCGCGAUGAUUCCCUUAUUGAAGACCGAGGCAUGUGGACGUCGAUGAAGAGGAAAAAGAGAUGCAUUGUGAUCUGCCAGGGCUUCUAUGAAUGGCUGAAGAAAGGGCCUGGAGGGAAGGAGAAGGUCCCGCAUUACAUCAAGCGCAAAGACGGCGAGUUGAUGUGCUUUGCGGGGCUGUGGGAUUGUGUGUCGUAUGAAGGCUCGGACGAAAAGCUCUACACAUACACUUUUAUCACGACUUCAUCAAAUGCAUACCUGAAGUUUCUACAUGACCGGAUGCCAGUGAUCCUCGAGCCAAACAGCAAAGCGAUGCAAAUCUGGCUAGAUCCCAGUCGCACGACAUGGUCGAGCGAGUUGCAGUCAAUCCUCAAGCCGUACGAGGGCGAACUGGAAUGCUACCCAGUCUCAAAGGAUGUCGGCAAAGUCGGGAACAACUCUCCUGAUUUUAUCAUACCCGUCAACAGCAAGGAUAAUAAGAGCAAUAUUGCCAAUUUCUUCGCAAAUGCGAAGAAGCCAAAAGAAGAGCCCGGAAUAUCGGUUAAGGUCCAGGAGGAAGACACGAAGGAGCUGCUGUCUUCUGAGCGAAAAGUAGUGAAAGACCAAUCUGAGGAACGCAAGACUCAGGACGAUCACUGGAGUGAGGAUAAUGCUCCGAUUCCAGGACCAGGAGUUAAAAGGGAGCAUCCUCCAGACGGCGACGAUAUGAUCAAAGACGUAGAUCACAAGAAACAAAAGACUGAGCCUACUCAAGCGUCUUUUACAAAGAAGGGCCAAUUGCCUCGGCCAACUUCAAAGCAGCAGGCAGUUUCUUCCACCAGGAAAACACGAAGCGCAACACAGAAUGACAAGCCUAUGAAGAAAACAAAUGCAAAGAGAGGGACCGAUGGUUCUCAGCGAAUCACGAACUUCUUUCAGAAAUAA